AUGCGUCAGAAGUCCCGUUCCCGCGAUCCCUCCCCUCCCCCUAUAUCAGCAAAGACCCCUAUAUCAGGCCCGUUGAGCGGCGCCGCUAGCUUUCCGCUUCUCUUGGCUCCUGCGGCGCCAGCAACACCAGGCAAUGCCGCAGGAGACACCCAGGCAUCUGAUACCACUUCUCGAUUAGAGCGUAAAACACUGUGGGCCCGAAUCAAGCCUUGGAGUCUUGCGGCGCUGUGGGUGAUGACCACCCUAGGCUUCCUGAUCGCCAUUGCGUUUUGGAAAAAGCAAGUCUUUUCCGGAUUGGACCAUUUGGCGACAUGGCUGAGAGACCAUGGCAUUUUGGGAUACUUCUUGCUGUAUACCCUCAUUUUCAUUACGACCAUACCCCCACUGCCGAUGUACUCUACAUUGAUUACCCUGGCCGGUUACUGCUUUGGAACCUGGAUCGGCGCCAUCAUCUCCUAUCUCGCUGCCUUAACUGGCGCGGUGGUGGUGUUUGUGGUGUCGCGGCGGUGCUUCCCCGGCGCCGUGCACAGGACGAUUUCAGCAAGCCCGUCCUUUAAAAAAGUAAUUCGGGCAAUCGAGAAGCGCCCAAAACUCUUGUUUCUUAUCCGCCUUGCACCAUACCCUUAUAAUAUGAUGAACGUGUUGUUAUCGUCAUCACCUUAUCUUACAUUGUCGACUUAUACCCUUGUCACCGCCCUCUCCCUCUUCAAAUGCCUUAUCUACACAUACGUCGGCUCCGCGAUCCACAGUUUCGCUGAUUACCACACCUCGGCGCACAAGGGCGGCAAGCACACCACCCAGCAGCGAAUUAUGCACAUCUGGGGCAUAAUCGGGGUUAUCCUGUGCGUGGGUAUCAUGAUCUACCUCACUUGGCUCGCGAGGCGCGCCGUCAAUGAGGCAGACGAUGAAGAGGAGGCUGGGAAUAUGGAGCUGGGGAGGGAGGUGAGGGACGGGGAAGCGAGAGAGGAACAGAUGCCUUUCUUGACAACCGAGACUGAAAGUCCCGUGGCGUUAGAGGCAACAGAGGUGCCGUUCAGGACACAAACUCCUCUCUCACGACCGCACAAUCCAACACUACAAAAUGAAAUCACCACCCGUCUAACAGCACAAUAA